GAUUAUUACUAUUCCUCUACUCCUACACAAACAAGGCUGACAGCAUAAAGUCAGCCUUGCUCUUUACUUUUUUCCCCUCUUCCUGUCUUUUUAGCCUUGUCUCUCCUAUCAGCCCUGCUCUUUACUUCUUGCCCCUCUUCCUGUCUUUCUUCGCCUUUUCUUCCUCUAUAUCCUCUACUGAUCUGAUCUUGCUGUUAUCAACAUGUCUUCUGCCUCCCCUCAAGCAGAUAUAGGGAGUCUCUCCCUGGCCAGCCUGGGAGCUUUCUCAACGAUCCUUACAGCGCUCUCCGCCGACGACGUCCAACCCAUCGCCAUGAUCCAGCUCCAGAACCUUGGCGCCGCGUUUCCCCUCAGCGGCCCAGUGACAGUCACAGCCCCAGACUACCUCCAACGCUUUCAAAGCACCAGGAUUGAGCGUCUGGGAAUCGCGGUGGGCUGGCGCAAGGGUGAUUCCGCGUCGCUCAUGGCCCAGUCCACUGGCGGCCAAGCCAUCGCCCUGCUGUCAGUCUGUCUGUCGGAUUUAUUUAACAAAUCGGUUGGAGAUAUCUUCUUCGCGCUCUCAAAGGCGCUGCUGCCCCAAUCCGGGUGUAUCAGCAGCCCUCGCCUUUUGCAACGAGCCGCGCAGGUUCUAGCCGAUAAGUUGGCAGUGAUCGGAUUCGGGAAUAUCAUCGCCAAGCAGGUCUGUCGCAUCCACGAGGUAUACAAACACCUAAAAAACCGAACUCCAAGGUAUCUACUCGGAGAUAUAAGUGCAGACUGGAUGGGAGAAGUGCUUGUCCUCAUCUCUCAUGCCUUACGGGAAGAUAACGGGUUGGUUCGAAUCCGUGGAUGCGAUGGAAUGGGAUAUGUCAUGGCCAUCAUGGUCACACUUUUUGCCGAUGACACCUUGGUAACGAUCGAAGGCUUCGUUGUCCACAAAGGCAGCCGCUCAUCCUCCGUUCUUGUGGAGAUUGUGGAAUCCAUGGCUGACGAUUCCAUUGAGGUCCACAAAAUGCGCCAUGUGGACUCCAUGUAUGACCUCUUUCACGACUCCUCCGCUGUGUCUGCCACACCGAGUUUGUUCAUUCCAAACUUUGCAUGGAAAGAACUGAUACCAUCACUACUAGCCAUUGGUUACAUGUGGUGUGGCCUAGCAAGCUCACCAGAGGUGCUUAGAGCUAUUGGAGUGUGUGCCCUAUCUGCUGUAGAUCAGACUGAUAUUAUUACUUCCAGCAAGCAGGGUGAGGUGCAGCUUCCUGUCACGGAGCUUCUUGGUGAGCAGUAUCACACACUUAUGCAUCAGCGCUGCGAGGUGCUUGUUGGACUAUCACUCCCACAGACGUGGCCUUCCUAUUCAGUGGCAUUGAGCCAACUCGACAACCUUAUUAAGCAACGCCUUGAAGAUUCUGGACAUGAUUUCGAUGAUAUCACUAGCGUCAUGGAAAGCGGAAAACUCCUUAAAAUCAUUUGGCUAAUGUUUGUGAUGCUCUUUGUGAAUGCCCAUCCAAACACAACUUGGAAAUAUGCCUAUUCCCAAAAUGAAAUGGAUCGACCAAGAGAUUGGGGAGAUGCAGUGACGAGCAGAUUCGAGAUUGAACCCCAUUCGAUUUGGACACGGCUCCAUCCUCGCUGGGAAAGGCGGACAGUGGCCAGUUCGGAUCGGAAGGCCACUCUUGUCCCCUCACCAUGUUUCACCUUGUGGGAGAAUGAGAAUAUCUGUCAAUACCGGGGGCUGGAGCUUCUUGACGGGCCUCUCAUGUAUAAUGGACGUUACCACGACUCCCUCACGGAUGAAAAUGACUUUCAAGGAGUGAACAACAUGUUCCUUCCACACCCACUCCAUCCCUCUGGCCCGAUCGUACCCUGCGCUGACGGGGUGCAUUCUGAUCUCUCCUUACUCGUUUCAGAGAGAUCUGACGGAUUGUCUCUACGAGCCAUAGCCACCCGGGCUGGCAAGCGUUAUGAUGUCGGCUUUGCAGGUUGCUUGACCAACCUUUUCGAAGUUUUGAAAGCCAAGCCUUGUGCACAUCCACGGAAUACACCUCUCAAACGAGAGUACGAGUCGGAGGUGAUCAUAAGGAACAUGGGAGACAAGGUGGCUUUUAACACUAGAGGUGACCGCAUUGCCAUUUCCCAAACAGCAGGGAAUCCGGUUGCUCAGUUCCUCUGCUUGGCUGGCGAACCGGCUCUCCUCUGCUAUAAAUGCUGCCUCAACUGUGCAUAUGAGCAGGCUCGUACCAAGAAUGUGGAUCAUAUUCUUGUUGGAUGACAGAAUAUCACCAUGAUUUAUGUGAUGUGGGA